UAUCAUUCGCAUAUAAAUACGAACACUAGGGAUCAUAAAUUGUAUCAAAUAAUUCACCGAAAGAUAUCACAUUAUUCUAAUGUUAGGCAUAAAAGGCCUUGCAGGUAUGGAUCUUACAGUCAUGGACUACAAUGGCUCCGGUUUUUGUAAUUAUAAGUUUUCUUCUUACAUGUCUACCAACAUCACUACGCACAAGAUCUUCGAGAAGUCAAAUACCAGGAUUCCUGUAGUUUGCACUGCUACCCCAAACUGUUCUGAAAAGGUUCAAUGUGCGAUAACCUCGUCUCAGUUGGUGGAAUCUGGGGAAGAAAUGAAUGGAAAAUGGCGAUCGUUGGAGGGUAUGGUCAGCGGCUCCGCAAAUUAUGUUCCUUUAUCGCCCAUUAGCUUCUUGGAGCGAGCAGCCGAAGUUUACAGAGAACGAAAGUCCAUCAUCUAUGGGUCCAUCACCUACACAUGGCAAGAAACACAUAAUCGGUGUGUCAAGCUCGCAUCAACUCUUAACCACAUUGGGGUUUCUCGUGGCGACGUAGUAGCAACGCUAGCACCAAAUGUGCCAGCAAUGCUAGAACUUCAAUUCGCUGUCCCUAUGGCUGGAGCCAUUAUUUGCAAUCUAAACACACGUCUUGACCCUAAUAUGCUUUCCACCCUUCUCAAGCAUUCGGAAGCCAAGAUCUUAUUUGUUGACUAUCAACUAUUGCAAGUGACAGAGGAAGCUAUUGAUAUCCUCAAGAAAACACAAUCAAAACAUCCUGUGGUUGUCAUUAUAUCUGAUCCUGGUUCACUAUGCGAAUACGAGAGCCUUGUAGACAGUGGAGAAACUGAAUUCUCCAUAAUCCGUCCAAACAAUGAAUGCGAUCCUAUAAGUCUAAAUUAUACAUCUGGCACAACAUCAAGGCCGAAAGGGGUUGUUUUUAGCCAUCGAGGUGCUUAUCUAAGCGCCAUAUCGUCGGUGUUCAUGCGUGGUAUGGGUGAGAUGCCAACAUACCUUUGGUCAUUACCUAUUUUUCAUUGCAAUGGAUGGUGCUUCUCGUGGGGGAUGGCUAUAGUUGGUGUCACCAAUGUCUGCAUCCGACGUUGCGAUCCAAAGGAAAUAUUCGACAAUAUAUUGCAUCACAAUGUCACACAUAUGGAUGGCGUUCCAACUGUCUUGAACAUGAUCGCGAAUUCUCUAUCGACAUAUCAAAAACAACUUCCACACAAGGUUGACAUCCUAACUGGCGGGGCCCCUCCACCUCCAACGAUCAUUUUAAAGAUGGAGGAGCUAGGGUUUCAUGUGAGACACGUUUACGGCCUCACCGAAACAGGCGGUCCAUCGACCAAAAAUUUAUGGAAACCCGAAUGGGAUCGGUUGCCUCGUGAAGAACAAAUGGAGAUCAAAGCACGACAAGGAGUACCAAGUUUCGUAACAGAAGAAGUCGACGUUAAAGAUCCCGUUACAAUGGAAAGUGUAAAAUGUGACCGGAAAUCAUUAGGUGAAGUUAUGUUUAGAGGUAAUACAAUCAUGAGCGGAUACUUUAAAGAUUUGAAAGCAACCGAAGAGGCUUUCGCGGGUGGUUGGUUUAGAAGUGGUGAUCUCGCGGUUAAGCAUCCAGAUGGGUAUAUUGAAGUAAAAGAUCGGUGCAAAGAUAUUAUAAUUUCGGGUGGUGAGAAUAUAUGCACGAUUGAAGUAGAAACAGUGAUUUAUAGUCAUCCUGGUGUUUUGGAGGUGGCGGUUGUUGCACGGCCAGAUGAUCAUUGGGGACAAACUCCGUGUGCAUUUGUGAAGUUGAAGGAUGGUGUUGAUGUUGAUGGUCAGGAGAUAAUCGAGUACUGUCGAGAUCGCAUGCCGCAUUAUAUGGCACCUCGUACUGUUGUGUUUGAUGAUUUGCCAAGAAAUUCGACAGGUAAAGUGCAGAAGUUUGUGUUGAGGGAGAAGGCAAACUUGAUGGGCAGUUUAUGUUAUCAAAAAGUGUAAGUCUCCAAAAUGUUAAUCGAAUGAAAGUCGAAACUGUUUACCUUUUAAAUAUUUGUAUCUUCAAUUGUAGCGAAGAGUGUAUUGAUGAAGUUUCAAAUAUUUGGUGGUGUUAAAUUUUUAAGUAUCAAUAAAUCAUCUCUAUUU